UCUCUCGCUCGCUCUUCCUCCCUCUCCCUCUCCCUUUAAAUGCGCUCUUAUUACUUCACGCAUUCCCUAGGCAGCUCCUCUCUCUCUCUCUCUCGCACUUAAUACAAUUCAAGAGAGUGUUCUGAUUCAGACUCACCUUGACAUAGCUCUGAGCUGAUCUCCGCCAGUCUCAAGGUUAAGGAUGAUGAUGAAGAGGUGGGUCUGUGGAGUGCUAAAACAUGUUCAGCUCAGGCUCGAAGAACUAGCUGCUUCUUCUUUGUGGGUGGGUGACGGAGCUGGUGCUUCAAGGACUGGGUGUUUCUGCAGAUUCUUGAAGGGAUCUUUCCUUGCUGCUUUCACCUGCGCUUUUGCUUUAGGUGGAGCUAUUGUGGGAAUGAUCACAGGAGCGCUAAAGGGACAGACAACGGAGACAGGGUUUGUGAGAGGAGCAGGAAUUGGAGCAGUGACUGGGGCCGUCACCGCAGUUCAGUUGCUGGAGCUAACGGUAGAUGGGGAGUCACUUUCUAAGGUUGCACUCCUGCGCAGCUUAGUGGAUGGAAAAGUAUUCAUGGAAUGGGUAGGCCCUGCAGUGCUCAAAGCCUAUCAAUGGCAGGUGAGCAAUCUGGAAACACCUCAUAGAGAAAUUUCAGACAUUUAUGACACAGCAGGAGAUGAAGGGCUGUCCCAGGAUUGCAUUCAGAGGCUUCCUGAAUACCAUUUCCAGUCUAGUGAGAUGGCCAAGAUAACUGAUGAUGGACUCUGCUGCUCAAUCUGCCUCCAGGACUUCAAGGAAGGAGAAACUGGAAGAAGGCUUCCCAAGUGCGGGCAUAUUUUCCAUUUGGAGUGCUUGGACGCAUGGCUCGUUCGGCGAGGCUCUUGCCCUAUGUGUAGAGAUAGUAUAUGUGAUCACGAGAACGCCGACUGCUUCAUAAAUUGCUAUUGAGUUUGAGCCGUGAGAUGACUUGAGUUUCUUUUGACAAACUGUACUAUAUGCGCAUGCUGCAACAUCAAGAAGUUUAUGAAGCCUUGACAGAGAUAUAUCUCACCGUCAAAAAAAUAGAGUUCUCGAUUCAUUUCCAUGGUUAUGAAACCCUCUUGAAAACUGGUCUUUGCUAA